ACGUGCCGCGGCAAGCCGGCAACCCGAGCUCACAACUCGCGGAACGCCACAACCCCCCCUCCUCUUUGGUUUCGCCGCGCCCACACGGCGACGCCUUGGAUUCGCACACCGCGACCCACCCAGCGCACACAUCAUUUCCAAUCGACUCGCCUCUCGCUCUCGCCUCCUCGCAGCAUCCGACGCGCCACGCCGUCGCCCGCGGCCGCGCCAGCGAUGCCCGGCCCGAUCGCGGCGUGCUUCCGCUGCGCCGCGGCGGCGGCGGCGGGGGCGCCGUCCUCUGGCACGGGGGCCGCGGCGGGGCCCAGCCUGGCGACCUCCGUCUACGAGACCCACCUCGGCCUCGUCGCGCUCUCCUGGUCCCGCGCCCCGCUCGGGCUCUCCCUCCGCGCCGUGCUCCGCCUGUCGCCCCCUUCCACGCCCGGCGGCUCCUCCUCCUCGGCGUUCGGGGCGGGCUACCUCGACGACGACGCGGACGACGAGGAGACCACCCUCGCCUUCCGCGUCCGCCCCUGGCUCCUCUGGCGCCGCCGCGGCUCCAGGCGGUUCCGCGCCGGGGACCGCCUCGUCGACCUGGCGUGGGACCUCUCUCGCGCGCGGUUCCCGGGCUCGGGGUCACCCGAGCCCUCCUCGGGCUUCUUCGCCGCCGUCGUCGUCGACGGCGAGAUGGUCCUCGCGGCCGGGGACCUGCCCGACGCCGCCUACCGUAGGACCCGGGCGCGGCGCCCGUCCGGCCCGCGCCCGGUCCUCCUCUCUCGACGGGAGCACGUCUCGCUGCGCGACGCAGGCGCCGGCCGCGGCCGCAGCCACACGACCUGGGUCACCGUCCAGGGCAAGGAGCGGGAGAUCUCCGUGGAUCUCGUGGCCCGCGGCCGCGGCAGGGACAAGGGCGCUGCCGGCCGGAAGAAGGAGAAGGAGCGGGCGGACGUCGGCAUGUCGGUCUCCGUCGACGGCGAGCGCGUGCUCCACGUGCGGCGGCUGCGCUGGAAGUUCCGCGGCAGCGAGCGGGUCGACCUCGGCGGCGGCGACGGCAUCCAGGUCUCCUGGGACCUCCACAACUGGCUCUUCCCCCCGCGCGAUCCCCUCCCCGCGGACGCCUCGACGCAGGCGCAGGCCCACGCGGUGCUCGUCUUCCGGUUCGAGCUCGCCAGCGGCGGCGAGGAGCGCGACGCCGAUUUGGGGAAGGAUCCCUCCCCGGACAAGGCCGUGAGGAGGAGCACCGGCGUCUGGGGAGGCUACCUCGCGCGGUGGGGGCAACGGGACUGGAGCGAGACGGGCAGCAACGGGGAGCGGAGGAAGGGGCGAGCGCGGAGGUUCGCCAAGGAGAGCUCGUCGUCGUCGGCGUCCGUGGCGUCCUCGACGGCGUCGUGGGCCAGCGGCUCCACGGUGAUGGACUGGGCCAGCCCCGAGGAGGCCGAGAUGCAGCGCGGCGACGGAUUCUCGCUGCUGAUCUACGCCUGGAAGAGCUAACACCGGCGAGUGGCGGUGGCGGCGGCACUGCUCGGAUUGGUUGCAGUGAUGGUAAAUUUUCUCCGGAUUGUUGUAGUAGGUUGCGAUGUUCUUGUGCAGUUAGAGCCUUGAGGGAUUGAAAUUGAGCUUGGAAUUGGAUUACAGUAGCGCCAUUGCUGAGUGAAGUGAGCAAUUAGUGUUGAUUUUUUUUCCAUUGUUAGCAAAAUUCGCAUCUCUUGAUAGAUUAAUGAAUGGAUCAGAUUUAGGACAUUUUGAACAGAUUGCAGUCAGUUUACCGUACUGAUCAA